AUGAAUAUCACAAAUUCAAGCAUCGGGUACCCACCUCCACCACUGGUAGGUGCAUCAUUUGCAAAAACAGCUAUACCAUAUUCAAUAUGUUUUGUUUUUGGAACUCUCGGCAACACGGCCGUUCUCUCCUACGUUUUCUUCAUUACACGAUCCCUAAAAUCAUCUGUAACUGCACUUGGGAACACAUUUAUUUACAUCGUUGCAUUAUGCGCAGUCGAUCUUCUUGUCACCGUUUCGAUUCCAUUCUCCCUAUCGUACAUGAUUCUCAACAACUGGGUAUUCGGAGAGCUGGUGUGCAAGAUCCACUUUAUGCUUGAGCUUUCUAAUAAGAUGUGCUCCACAUUCAUUCUAACCGCACUGGCAUUUGAUCGUUACAUGGCAAUAUGUCAUCCGGAAAUAAAACGAAUCCAUGAGAUGCGUCACACGAUUUAUAUCACGACAAUUCUUGCAACAUUGUCACUUUUUCUCAUAUCUCCAGUCGUUUUGUCUGCCAGAGUGACGAGUUUCAAAAGUGGACAAUAUUUUGUGAGCGCAAAGAAUGAACGGCACGAAGUUAUCCGACAAAUGUGUAUUGACGGAAUGGCAUUAGAGUGGAAGGUUUGGGUGUCUGCAUUUCUGAUCUUCUUUGCAUUCUUACUUCCAUGCACUCUUCUAACCUACUUUUACGCGAAGAUCGUCCUUCGUCUGAGGAGACAAAGAAGAACAAUGCUCCAAUCUCGAAUUCCCCUCCGCCGCAUUACAAUAUACACAAUGGCAGCCACGUUCUUCUAUCUUUCGUGUCAUAUUCCAUUUUGGCUCCCACAGAUCUACAACAUUUUCUCGACAGUUCUUGGGCACAAAAUGAAUCCAAAAGUCAUGACAUUCACCUAUUAUUCACAUCUUCUUCCGUUCAUAUCGGCGGCAUUUAACUGGAUAUUCUAUGCUCGACUUAAUAGUCAAUUCAAAAAAGGAUUGGUUCUAGUUACGGAAAGAAUGAUCAGAAAGCGAACAAAAUCGAUGCAUGAGAAAGGAUACAGUGAGGCAGCUGUUGAGCUUACGAGCAAGUUCGAUGAUGUCCCAUUGAUGUGUCCACACUGUGAAGCUCAACUUUCUAUUCGUUCAAGUAGUAAUGGAAAGAAGAAUUCAAGAUAAUUAUUUACUGGCUUUAAUAACAUUUUGAUCUCAAAGACAAUCCGUGAUUCAAUUGAUCUCAUUAUAUGUAUCUCCCCAUAAGUGUAAAAAUCAAUAGACGUCUGUUCUUUGUACGGGAGUUACUUUGUUUAUUUAUAAACAUUUUAAUGACACUGAA